AGAAUGGGCGUAGACUAUUUCUUUACCGAUGAUUGGAUGUUGUCGGCCAUUGUCUGCAUUCGAGCAACGAAGAUAACCUUUCGUUUACCGUACUUGUUAUUCCCGUGCAGACGUUGUUCUUCAGUUGCCAGUGGCUCUUCUUCUAUAUCAUAUCCCAUAUCUGCAGCGUUGUCGAAUGCAGUAAAACUAUCCAAGAAUUUUUGUGGAGAUACUUGGUCGUUUGAAACAGGCAGAUAUGCACCUAUCACAGACGCUUCUUGUUUGUCGAAACAAAAUGAAAACUCCGUUCUUGUCACAGUUGCGAGAAGUCCUGCACUCGAUUCUUCUUUGAAGAAAGAUUUUGUAAGUUUGCAGGUAGAUUAUAAAGAAGAAGCUAGUGCCGGAGGAUUCAUUCCGGGAACGUAUAACAGGAGGGACACUUUUGUGACAGACAAAGAAAUUCUUACAGCGAGAGCCAUUGAUAGAUCUCUAAGACCCUUGUUACCUGGUUCUUUUCAAGACGACCUGCAGUUAACGUGCAGUGUCUUUAGCGCAAAGGGAGAUAAGGAUGCUGACGUACUUUCCAUGAAUGCUGCCUCCAUUGCGCUAUUGUUAUCAAGUGUACCUUUUCAAGGACCAGUUGGUGCAGUGCGAGUUUCUCGUGUCGAUGAUCAUUUUGUGAUCAAUCCCAGUUUUGAAGAAUAUGCGAGAAGUAAUCUUAACCUUUUCUAUGCCUGUACAAGAUAUAAGACAGUCAUGAUCGAAGCAGAUGCUAACGAAGCACCUAUUCCUAUUUUAAAAGAGGCAUUGCAAUUAGCUCAUGAGAAAGCUAGAGAAAUGAUUGAUUUUCAAGAACAUUUCUUGAAAGGAAAGAAUAUUGUCGAGAUGGCAGUUCCAUCGGAAAUCAAAAAUGAACAACUUGCGUUAGCUGCCAAAAAGUAUGAAGGUCUGUUUGAAGAAAUAUUUUCACCUCGAGAUGGUCAUUAUUUCACUAAAAUGGAACGCCGCAAAGCACUAACUGAAGUAAAUGAAAGAGCUGUACAAGAACUAGGUUUUUUGUUCACAAACGUAGAUAGCCAAGAAAUAGCGUCUUAUUUGCAUGAUGUAGAGCAUCAAGUCUUCCGAAGGUUGGCCUUACAGUCGAUUCGAGAGUCCAGUUGUUCUGUACGCAGAUGUGAUGGAAGAUAUUCGGAUGAAAUUCGUCCUUUAAGAGCUCAAGUAGAAGUUUUGCCUGUGGUCCAUGGCUCUUCUACAUUUGAAAGAGGAGACACUCAAGUAGUUGGAGUUACUACUAUUGGACCUACCGAACGUGCAUUGAAAAUGCAGUCUUAUGCCGGUGGAGCAAAGGAGAAUAAAUUUAUGGUACAUUAUAGGUUUCCUCCUUAUUGCAAUGGUCAAGUCGGCACAAGUUAUGGAAGAAAUCGCCGCGAAGUUGGUCAUGGAGCACUUGUAGAAAAGGCUUUACGUUUUUUGUUGGAUUCCGAAAAUUUUCCGUAUACAGUUCGAGUGAACGUUAUAGCCACAGGAAGUGAUGGUUCUACUUCUAUGGCUUCCGUUUGUGCUGCUUCACUUUCACUUAUGGACGCUGGUAUCCCGUUGAGAAGGGCAGUCGCCGGUAUCUCGAUAGGACUUGUAUGGAAUGGAACAAAAGUAACUCAUUUCACAAAUGACUCUGUAGAUAAUCUUUUUCGGAAACCUGAAAAUGCUUCGUCUGAAUAUAUUCUUUUGACGGAUAUACUGGGCAUUGAAGAUCACCAUGGAGAUAUGGACUUUAAGAUUGCUGGAACGAAGCAUGGUAUUACAGCAUGUCAAUUGGAUGUUAAAGUCCAAGGUAUACCACCAUUUAUUGUAAUAGAAGCCUUGCAACAAGCAUCAUCCGCUCACCAAAGGAUUCUGAGCACCAUGGAUGAUUGUCUGGGUAAGCCCCGGUUGGAUCUAAGACCCAAUGCUCCUCGAAGUAGUACAUUAUAUAUUGAACCAUUGUUACGCAGUUCCUUAUUAGGAAUAGGUGGAUAUAAGCUUCGUUCUAUUAUAGAAGAAACUCGAGCGGAUAUUCAAGUAGAUGAUAAUGGUAGAGUAGACAUUGAAGCACCUUCUUUGGAAUCCUAUCAAAAAGCUGUGAAAAGAAUUUAUGAAAUUGUCGGAGAUUUGGUUCCAGGUACUCAAUUUCAGGGUAAGAUUACGGACAUCCGUGACUAUGGCGUGAUGGUGGAACUAUUUCAAGGACGAGAAGGACUCGUUCACGUUUCUGAACUUUCUGAUAAAAAGGUUCUGAGAGCUACAGAGUUGAAUUUACAGAUUGGGCAGCCUUUGAUGGUGGAAGUUAUUGCAUAUGAUCGUAAACGUGGACAAGUGAAAUUGAGUCAUCGAAAGACGAAACAAACGACAAAAAACAAUGAAUGAUUUGGAGUUUAGAUAACUUUGACAUCUUCGUUUCGAUAGUCAAGAAUCGGAACGUAGCAACUUGAAAAACUUUAAAGAUACAAUCGAAUGGUUUUGCAAAGUUUUCGUAUAACGGAGAGAGAGUAUACUAUGCUUAUGAUGAGUUUUUCCAAGUUGAAGAGAUAUUUUAUAAGAGACAUGAUCAAUUGUUCAACUCAAAGACUUUUUUGGCUCAUUCUGUAUGUGACAACUUGAAAUAUCAAAUAUUCCAAAUAAAAUCCUCAAUAAGAGAAGAUAAAUACUUUCAAAACUGAAAAAUUCAAAUGAAAUCUACACAACGACAAUAAAGGAAUUGCCUGAUAC